AUGGUCACUAACACUAAUAUUAGAUUCUAAUGUUAUUUGAAAAGUUGUUGAGAAGAAAAUCGUUAUAAUGGAUGCAGCUCAAGCAUCGUCAUAUUUCCGAGGAGUGGAGGACAUCUUUAGGAUGCUGGCCAUCCUGAACUUGACUGCUUACCAAUGGCCACAUCAAGCAUGUGUUCAAGAUGGAUCAGAGUUUGAUUUCAUUGUGGUUGGUGGUGGAUCUGCAGGAUGCUUAGUUGCCAGUAGACUGGUAGAAACCAGAAAAGCUAGUGUGUUACUUAUAGAAGCUGGACCAUAUCCGCCACUGGAGUCAGAUAUGGCUGGAUUAUUUCCUUUUCUAUCAGAGACUAAGUAUGAUUGGAAUUUCACAUCGACUGACAAGGAAUUGAUUGCCAAGAACCAUAAGAAUGGUGUUAUACACAUGUCUUCAGGUAAAAUGUUAGGUGGCUCUAGUUCCUUGGGCUACGGAGGCUAUAUACGAGGGUACCCUCAUGAUUUCAAUGAGUGGGCAGCCAUUACUAAUGAUACAUCUUGGUCUUUCAAAUCUGUAUUACCGUUAUUCAAGAAAAACGAAAAGCUAGUUGAUCCUAGAAUCCUUAAAACAAAUCAUUAUUAUGGAACUAAAGGCAAGAUAAAAAUAGGUAAAGUAUAUUACAAAAGAAACCGCCCAUUCUUCGAUGCUUUAGAAGAACUUGGUUAUAAUUACCAUUUAGAUAUAAACCCGGAUCAUCCUUUGGGAUUCACAAAUAUUAUGUUCACUAUGACUGACAAUGAGAGGCAAAGUACAGCUCACAAAUUCCUAAAACCGCUUAAAAAUAAUAAAAAAUUACACCUCCUUGUAAAUACUCUUGCUACAAAGAUAAUAUUUCAAAAUAAAACGGCUGUUGGAGUUGAAAUAUUGACUGAAGAUAAUAAAACACUUAUUGUUAAAGCAAAAAAGGAGGUCAUUGUUACAUGUGGUAGUAUCAAAACACCGCAGUUGCUGAUGCUUUCGGGAAUUGGGCCGAAAGAAGAAUUGAAGGCUAAACACAUAGAAGUGAUAUCCGAUUUACCUGUAGGAAAGAACUUUCAAGACCACGUCAACGCCAUGCUGGUCUAUAAAAUGACCAAAAGUUCUUUAGCUAAUAAUCUCGCUAAUCCUAACAAAUAUCCUUAUGUGAUAUUUGACGGUUAUGUUGCCCUUAACAAAUCCCAAUGCUAUGCAGACUAUCAAACUAUAUGUGUUCAUUUUGGUCAACCGUUAACGUUUCUUGGUAUAUGCUCGUUCUAUUUCAGUUUUGACGACCAACUUUGUAAUACAAUACUCAAAGGAGCUGACAACAAGGAAAUGUUUAUAACAUUUAUUACUUAUCUAAACCCUGAAUCAAGAGGAAAGAUUCUUUUAAAGAGCACUGAUCCUCGAGACAAUCCUUUGAUCAUGCCACGAUAUUAUUCAAAAGAAAUAGAUAUAGAGAAACAUGCUUCUUACUUGGCAGACUUUAAUCGUAUUGUGAACACGACAUAUUUUAAAGAGGUGGAAGGUGAAUUUAUAGAUCCUCAGUUGAAGGCAUGUGAAGGUUUGGAGAGAAAUACUAUGGAAUAUUGGAAAUGCCAUGCUAUUGGGACAGCUGAUACAGCCCAUUAUUUUGUUGGUACCUGUUCUAUGGGAGCUGUAGUAAAUUCUCGAUUGCAAGUGUAUGGAGUAAAAAGACUGCGCGUCUGUGAUGCUAGUGUCAUGCCGACCAAUGUAAGAGCAGUAAAUGGAGCUUCGGUGAUGAUGAUAGUUCGUAAGGCCUCCGACAUGAUCAUUGCUGAUUAUGGUUUGAAGUAAAUUAAAAUGUU